GCCCGCGAGAUCCCGAGGCGGCCCCCAUGCCUUACCCGGUCGGCCGGCCCAGCCAUGAUCAAGGCGAUCCUCAUUUUCAACAACCACGGGAAGCCGCGGCUCUCCAAGUUCUACCAGCCCUACAGUGAAGAUACACAACAGCAAAUCAUCAGGGAGACUUUCCAUUUGGUAUCUAAGAGAGAUGAAAAUGUUUGUAAUUUCCUAGAAGGAGGAUUAUUAAUUGGAGGAUCUGACAACAAACUGAUUUAUAGACAUUAUGCGACACUAUAUUUUGUCUUCUGUGUGGAUUCUUCAGAAAGUGAACUUGGCAUUUUAGAUCUAAUUCAAGUAUUUGUGGAAACAUUAGACAAAUGUUUUGAAAAUGUCUGUGAACUGGAUUUAAUUUUCCACGUAGACAAGGUUCACAAUAUUCUUGCAGAAAUGGUGAUGGGGGGAAUGGUAUUGGAGACCAAUAUGAAUGAAAUUGUUACACAAAUUGAUGCACAAAAUAAACUGGAGAAAUCUGAGGCUGGCUUAGCAGGAGCUCCAGCCCGUGCUGUAUCCGCUGUAAAGAAUAUGAAUCUUCCUGAGAUCCCGAGAAAUAUUAACAUUGGUGACAUCAGUAUAAAAGUGCCAAACCUGCCCUCUUUUAAAUAAAAUAUUAAAAAGGCCACUCCCAGGUAAAAACCAGGGGGAUAAAUCAUCUAAGUUUACCAUACAGUUGUUUAC